AUGACAUCGUUCGGUGCAACUAACAUCGUGCGUGAAAAUUACAUGCCAACAUUUAGAGUGCAAGGGCAAAUUUAUCAUCGUGCCGGAUCGCUGCUACCAUUGCCGGACGCAGAUCACAAGUUUCUUCAAAUUUAUUUCAUGGCAAACAGUCAUGAACAAAUUGAACAACGAUGUCAUUACAAUGCAGGCACUAAACGAGAAAUCGUGGCUGCGUUACAAGCCUUUUUCGAUCAACACAAUGAAUUAGUUCAGUUGUUUAAAACCGCCAUUCAACAAAUGCCAGCCGAUGACUACGCAGUUGUAAUUCGAGCAGAUAAAAGACCCGUUGGCCAAUACGAAAGACAAUUUAAUGCACCAACAGUUGAUGAAGUGGCGAUCGUGAUAGUUGGCGAAGAAUUCGAAUCACGCGACAUAAUUCUUCAUCGCAGAAGUGGUGACGUUCAACGAGUCUCCGAAACUCAUCGUUCAUACGACGGAUUACAGUAUCCGAUUCUGUUUUGGCGAGGAGAAGAUGGAUAUCAUUUAAACAUCAAAAUGAGAAAUCCACAAACAGACGAGGAAACGAAUAAGAAAGUCAGUGCUAUGAAUUAUUAUUCGUAUCGAUUGAUGAUUCGUCAAGACGCUGAGAACCACAUACUAAAAUGUCGACAAUUGUUCCAUCAAUACAUUGUCGACAUGUACGCGAAGAUUGAAACCGAACGACUCUUAUAUAUUCGAUUGAAUCAAACCAAGUUGCGGUCUGAAGAGUACAUCCAUUUACGAGACGCAAUCGUUAAUGAUGGUAACAAGAAUCCAAACGAAUUAGGAAGAAUGGUCAUAUUACCAUCGACAUUCACGGGAAGUCCACGGCACAUGCAUGAAUAUGCACAAGAUGCGAUAACAUACGUUCGCGCAUACGGUCGUCCAGAUUUGUUCAUCACAUUUACAUGCAAUCCUACGUGGGAUGAAAUUAAUGAACUUCUGUUAGCUGGACAAUCAUCUUCGGACCGCCAUGACAUUACCGCAGGCGUAUUUAAACAAAAAUUGAAAUCUUUCAUGGAUUUUAUUAUCAAGCAUCGUGUUUUUGGAGAGGUACGCUGUUGGAUGUAUUCCAUUGAAUGGCAGAAAAGAGGAUUGCCACAUGCACAUAUUUUGAUUUGGUUAGUCAAUAAAAUUACGCCAAAUCAAGUUGACCAAAUCAUCUCAGCAGAAAUACCAGAUAAAGACAUUGAUUCAAACUUAUUCGACGUCGUUACCAAAAAUAUGAUUCAUGGUCCAUGUGGCGCAUUUAAUAAAAAUUCACCAUGCAUGUCUGAUGGGAAAUGCACGAAACGAUACCCAAGAAACUUGGUUUCUGAGACCAUUACUGACAAUGACGGAUACCCACUGUAUCGUCGACGAUCAGUUGAAGAUGGCGGCAAAUCCAUCGUUCUGAAAGUACGAAACGUUAAUGUCGAAGUCGAUAAUCGUUGGGUUGUUCCAUAUUCACCAUUGCUCUCAAAGACCUUCAAAGCACACAUUAAUGUUGAGUAUUGCAAUUCAGUAAAGUCGAUUAAAUACAUUUGCAAGUAUGUCAACAAAGGAAGUGACAUGGCAGUCUUCGGAGUAGGGAAUGUAGCGGCACCGCUCGAUGAAAUCAACCAAUACCAACUUGGACGCUACAUUAGCAGCAAUGAAGCAGUAUGGCGCAUCUUAUCAUUUCCAAUCCAUGAACGACAUCCAACAGUAGUACAUUUGGCAGUGCAUCUCGAGAAUGGACAACGCGUGUACUUCACAACAGAUAAUGUACGUGCAAGAGCAUUGGUUCCACCGGCAACAACUUUAACUGCAUUUUACUCAUUGUGCCAAGAUGAUCAUUUUGCAAAGACUCUACUUUAUUCUGAGGUACCGAAAUUCUACACGUGGAAUGCAUCGGCUAAAAAGUUUCAACGUCGCAAACAAGGUAAAGUAGUUGAAGGACAUCCCAAUUUGUAUUCCAGUGACGCAUUGGGUCGUCUGUACACUGUUCACCCGAACAAUACCGAAUGUUUCUAUUUGCGAUUGCUGUUAAUCAAUGUACGUGGACCGAUGUCCUUCCAAGAUUUAAGGACAGUCAACGGUCAGUUAUGCGCCACUUAUCAUCAAGCUUGCCAGAAACUAAAUCUUCUUGAAAAUGAUGCCCAUUGGGACACUGCACUCGCUGAUGCAUCGAAUACUGCUCGACCACAGCAAAUACGUACGUUAUUUGCUAUCAUUUUAACAACCUGUUUCCCAUGUAAUCCAAACGAUCUUUGGGAAAAAUACAAGGACAACAUGAGUGAAGACAUUCUACAUCGUUUGCGCAUUGCGAAUCAAAAUUCGGACAUUCAAUUCACUCCAAAACGUGUAUAA